UGAAUAGCAUCACCUUGGCUGUCAAUCUGAUCGGUUGCCUUGCAUGGCUGAUUGGAGGCGGAGGAGCUGUUAACUUUGGACUGGCAAUCCUUUGGCUUAUUCUCUUUACACCCUGCUCCUACGUGUGCUGGUUUAGGCCAAUUUACAAAGCUUUCAAAGGCAGCCUGGCUGUAUCUUCUUCUCCUCUUCUUCCUCUGCAGGUGCACAAAUUUUACCGAGGGAGUGGCGGCAGCUUCAGCAAAGCUCAGGAGGAGUGGACCACCGGCGCCUGGAAAAACCCUCAGGUCCAGCAGGCGGCACAAAACGUGGCCGUGGGCGCCGCAAACAACGCCAUGAUGCAGCACGAAACGCAGUAUUCGGCCACCCCUAACUACAACUACGCCAACGACAUGUGAGGAGUCAGGAAACGCACACACACACCCCACCCCAACCCCCCGGUCCGAGGCGAUCCCCAGAAGUCGUUGGCUUUAGGUGGGCAAGGAAGGAACGAAGAAGGCCGUGUGUUGUGGGUGCGGGUAUCUUGUGUAGGUUUCCAAGGGAUGAAUUCCAUCAUCUUGUUGCCGCGGUUGGGGAGGGGAAGAGGGAGGCGGCCAGAUGGCGGGAGAGACGUUGUCCGGGAGAAAAAUCUCUGCAUUUGAUUCUUCUUCCUCUUCCUGGGUCCCCAUCCUUGGGCCUCCUGCGGUGUCUUCUUUCUCCUCCUCUUCUUCUUCUUCUUCUUCCUCCUCCUCCUCCUCCGGAGAAGAAACGCAUUGCCCUGCAGGACAGUU